AUGGGCUUCUUCCAGCGCGACAGCAAGCAGCAGCCCGAGACCAAGCUUGAAGUGGUUGACGAGUCUCUUCGGCAAGAGACAGAAUGGAAGCCAACAACUCACCAACUAAUGAUCAUGGUCGCUCUGAGUGUCAUCAGCUUCAUGGUUUCACUCGACGCCUGUAUCAUUGUCACUUCACUUAGUGCUAUUGUGGAAGACCUUGGAGGAACUGCCACUCAGAGCUUCUGGGUUGGCACGGCCUAUCUAUUGUCAACAUCGGUGGCCAUGCCAUUCCUGGCUUCAAUAUCAGAUAUCUUCGGCCGACCGAUCCUUCUGAUAUUCUCUAUUAUAAUGUUCACUAUCGGCUCCAUCAUUUGCGCCACUGCGCCGGACAUCGCUACACUCUUGGGCGGCCGCUCGAUCCAGGGUAUCGGAGGUGGAGGUAUCAUCGUUCUGAGUCUGGUAAUCUUCACGGACAUUGUUCCUCUCCGACAGCGACCCAAGUGGUACGGAACUGUCCAAGGAGCCUGGGCGCUGGGCAACUGCGUUGGACCCGUCCUAGGUGGAGCAAUUGCCGACGGCACCACCUGGCGAUGGGUAUUCUACGUCAUGUUUCCUUUCUGCGCCUUUGGCCUCAUCUCCAUCCCCUUCCUUCUCACUUUGAAGCCGAAGGUGGAGACGCUGGGACAGAAGCUCGCACGUGUCGACUGGAUUGGCUCCGCUAUCUUCAUGACCUCCGCGACGUUGUUCCUCAUAGCGAUCUCAUGGGGUGGUACCCAAUUUGAGUGGUCCAGUGCGGCCACUAUCGCACCUUUGCUCGUCGGCGCAAUUGGCCUGCUGGGUACCGCGGCCUGGGAGAAAUACAUGGCGAAAGAGCCCUUCCUGAAGCAUUCGCUGUUCUACAACGUUAGCGCCAUCUCGACUUUUAUCUGCAGCGCGGCGCAGGGCCUGGUUCUCUUCGGCCAGCUUUACUACGUUCCCUUUUAUUUCAUGUCGGUGCUGGCAUACUCGCCUAUUCACACUGGCCUGGCCCUCCUCCCGGUCAUGCUGACCCUCGUGCCCGGGUCCAUCAUCACUGGUGUCUUGAUCACCCGCUGGAACGGCUACCGCUGGCCCAUCUGGUCGGGCUGGGUUGUCACGACUAUUGGCUGCGGCCUGACCACAAUGUGGGAUGAAGACACCCCCAUUGGAAUCUGGGUCGUCACACUGAUUCUCCUGGGCUUUGGCCAUGGGGCUAUCCUCAACGCCCAGAACUUUGCCUCGCAGGCCAUCUGCAAGGACGGCGAGGAGGCGGCCGCGGCAGCCAUGUACGGCUUCCUGCGACACUUCGGCACCGCGCUCGGCGUGGGAAUCGGUGGCUCGGCCUUCCAGAACAUCAUGGCGCUCAAGCUGUCAUGGACGGACGUGCCGGGCGGAGCCGAGAUCGCCAAGAACGCCGAGGCGUUCAUCGUGAAGCUGCUGGCCAUGCCGUCCUCGCCCGAGAAGGACCAGAUCAUCGACGGCUACGUGUUCGGCUUCCGCGGCGUCUACAGCGUGUACCUGGGCAUCAGCGGCGUCGCCUUCUUCAUCAGCCUGCUCAUCCGCCACUAUGACAUGAACAAGGAGCUUCUGACGGACCAUCAGCUGCAGGACAACAACAUUGCCCGCAUCAUGGACAAGCGGCUCUCCUCGUACCGCAACUCGCGCAUGGACACCUCCACCUUCGCCGGCCUCAAGCAGCUCGACGUCGUCCAGGAGAGCCCUCAGGAGACGCUCAACGGCUCCAGGCGGCCGAGCGAUGCCGAGACGAGGAUCGGGAGCGGGACAGCGACGCCGCGGAUCAAGGAGGAGGUCGAGGAGGAAGAUCUGCCGCAGUUGCCGAAGCCGGUUGCGACGGUGUUGAUCAAUGAGAUUGUAAAGACUGAGUCCCCGAAGACUGAGGUUGCGAAGGCUGAGACAGUGACUGCUGAAGAGGCAAAUGCUCAAGCCGCAAAAUCUGAGGCCGCAAAGCCUGAGGCCACAAAGCCUGAGGCCGUGAAGUCUGAAGAGACGAAACCUGAAAAUACGAAGCCUUAG